ACUGUGCCUGAAGAGGAAGCAAGAAAAAUGGCUGCUGUGGAAGAAUGAUGCUCUUUUGCUCUCGGAAGAUGGAGAGGAGGUGGUUUUACUGUUAGUCAUGUCACCCUGUUAGUUUUAAAGAUCAAGCCACAAUAUGGAAUCAAUUGUAUUAAUCGGUUCAGCUUUCAGUACGUCGGUAACUGGACAUACACUGACAAGAUUGGUCUAUUGGUAAUCUACCAAAACAAAAACUGACUUGAAUGAAAUGCCCUUUGAAGUUGACUCUGAAGAUCAGAAUUUUGUUUGUUUAUAUUUUAAUCUUACUGAAAUUGGAAGUGCCAGUGGGACACUCAUUUGGCCUAAAGAUAUGAUGCGUAUCCAGUACACCAGUUGACUACCCAACCAUUUAAUCGCCUGCGUCUGUGUCCUGUCAUAUCAAUAACGACCACUGCACCUGUGCUGCUAUUCUUUUAUAGUUUUGUUUUAUUUCAUUCGCUUAUGGGCACGAAAAGUGAGCUUUUGAAGUCUUCAGUUUGUAACAGGGUGUCCAUAGCAGAGGUAGUGAGACAAAUAUUAGUUCUGCAGACUUUAUAUUGUGUGUAAAGGGAGUUCUGCCAGCCUCCUUUCAAGAUGUUCUCAGCUCUGAAGAAGUUAGUUGGCUCUGAGCCAGGCCAGGUGAGGGACAAGAACAUCCCUGCUGGCCUGCAGUCGAUGAACCAGAGUCUGCAACGGCGCUUUGCCAAGGGCGUCCAGUAUAACAUGAAGAUAGUGAUCCGUGGGGACAGGAACACGGGUAAAAGCACGCUCUGGCACCGCCUACAGGGACAUAAGUUUCUGGAGGAGUACAUUCCAACCCAGGAGAUCCAGGUCACCAGCAUCCACUGGAACUACAAAACGACCGAUGAUGUGGUGAAGGUGGAGGUCUGGGACGUAGUGGACAAAGGCCAAAAAGCCCCUGUUCCUGAAGGUUUAGGUAAAGGCAAAAAGAGAGGGGAAAGCCUGAAGCUGGAGAACGAGCCCCAGGAGUCUGAAAGUGAGAUGGCCCUUGAUGCCCAGUUUCUUGAUGUAUACAAGAACUGCAACGGCGUGAUCCUGAUGUUCGACAUCACCAAGCAGUGGACCUUCAACUACAUCCUGCGGGAGCUGCCCAAGGUGCCCACCCACGUGCCCGUCUGUGUGCUGGGCAACCACCGGGACAUGGGCGAACACCGCGUCAUUCUGCCCGACGACAUCCACGAGUUCAUCUCCGGCCUCAACAGACCUCUGGGUUCGUCCUACAUCCACUAUGCCGAAUCUUCCAUGAAGAACGGUUUUGGCCUGAAGUAUUUGCACAGGUUCUUCAACAUUCCGUUUCUGCAGCUGCAGAGGGAGACGCUGCUGCGGCAGCUGGAGACCAACCAGCUGGACAUCGACGCCACGCUGGAGGAGCUGACCGUCCAGCAGGAGACCGAGGACCAGAACUACGACAUAUUCUUGGAGAUGAUGGAAGCCCGCAGUAAAGGCUACGGUUCCCCUGGCCCGGCCAACGGACAGAGCCCCUCUUCAGGGUCGCAGUCCCCCAUUGUCCCCCCCAGUGGGGCUUCUACAGGCAGCUCCAGUCCUGGGACCCCACAACCCCCGAUCCCCACCCAGGUCCUGCAGUCCCCUUCGCCCUCUCCCUCCCCUCCUCCCCCCGUCGCCCCUCCCACUGCUGCAGCACCCCCCGUCACCGAAACGCAGUCCCCGUCUCAGGUUCUCGAGAGCCCCGCUCCCUCCCCCACGCCGCCGGUCACCACGGCGACGGCAGCCCCGGCCCCAAAACGCGGCAUCAUCUCCCGGCUCUUUGGGAUGGCCUCCGCCCCUGAAGCUCCAGCUGCUAAACCCGACCCUUCCCCUGCUGCGGCCCCUCCCGUGGCGGUGCAGAGUGUGGACGACUUCGUGCCGGACGAGGGUCUGGAUCGCAGCUUCCUGGAGGACAGCCUCCCAGGGAAAGCCAAGGAGAAGCCACGGCCUGCGGCGGCAACAGCGGACAGCGACAGCGAUGGUGAAGGCAGAGGAGGAAACCCCAUGGUAGCAGGUUUCCAGGACGACCUGGACCCUGACGACAGAGAGCCAACCCAAGCACUGCCCAAGGGGCCGGUCCCCAGCAAAGACAUCACCUUGUCCAGUGACGAGGGGGAGGGAGAGCCUGCCCCACCCACGACUCAGAACAAGGACCUGAGCGGCGGGCCAGACAGCAGGGUUGACCUCAGUACAGAGGCCCAGGCCAAACCAGCUGAAAAGAGGCCCCCCAGCAGCAGCCUGAAAGCUGAGGUCCCGGGUCUCGUCCCCACCCCAGCCGCAACGCAACCCGCUCCGCGUGGGGGCGUCCGAGGGGGUAACGCCGGGGCCGGGUCCUCAGACACCGACGGCGAGGCUCCUGUCGCCAAGCAGAUGCUGUCCUUCAUCUUGGACGACCCCGAUUUUGAGAGCGAAGAGUCAGACGCCCAGAAGGUUAAGCAGUCCUCCCAUCUUGGCUUCCCUUCUCAGGAGGUGUUCCCUGUGCUGGAUGAUCUCUCCGACCUGACUGAUGACGAGUUGAAAUCUGCCCAGGUCCCCGAACCCCUGAAGCCCACCGUUCUGUCCUUUAAGAGCAAGAACGACACCGACCUGUUCGGCCUAGGAAUCCAGGAGGGGGCCACCAAGAUGAAGGACAGCAGCGAAGAGCAGGAAGAUAAAGAAACCAAACACUCCUCCAAGGAGAAAAAGAAAAAGAAGAAGAAAAGUAAAGAGGAGGAAGACAAGAGUGGCAAAAAACGAUACAAACACAAGAAGAAAGAGAAGGAGGAGGCGGGCACGGGAGACGAGAAGGAAAAGGAGAAAGAGAGGGAGAAGAAGAAAAAGAAGUCGAAGCCAAAGAAGGCUGGGGACUUGGAUGACCUGGAGGCCUUCUUGGCGGGAGGGGAGGGGUCAGCAAAGAGAGAGGGCGGAGACUACGAGGAGCUUUAGAGCGCGCUUGGUCUCUAUUGGUGGUCGGCAUAAUCAUUUAUUGGCUGGGCUUUCAUGCACAUUCAGCCUUGGCCAAUCAUUGGGGGCUUUUGCUUUCAUCUCAUCCCUCCUCACUCAUUGGUGCCUAUUUUUUUCCAUCCCAUUUCCCGCCCUCUCCAUUUUAAGUGAUUUUAUGUAUCAUGGAUACUGCUGCUGCCACUCUCCACUACUACAGAGGACAGGGACCUGUUAGUAUACUCAAUGUGCAGCACAAACUGUGGAUCACUAAAGGACUGAUGAGGACCAGCAAUGCGCUCGCCACCUUUGUUUUUUUAUUGCCAUUCUUAUUCUGGGGUUCUUCGUGCAUUUGUCAUUUCCUGAAAAGGACACACCCCAGUCAGAACGUCCCGUGUCAGGUGUAAGGUCUGUGUGAGAGCAUGCCGAUGUGAGUCUUUUUAGCUGAACUUUCUUGUCUGUUACUGUACAUAUGCAUUUCAUUGUGAAUACGAUUUAGACAUUCACAGACAUUGAAGAAAUUUAUUAUUUUAUUUUAAAGUAAAGUAAAGAGAAAGUGAACAACCUCUUCAGAUGGUUAAACUGAGGUAAUAUCCAAAAUAACGGUUCCAAAAGUCUUCAUAGUUUAAUUAUUUUUCCAAUGACUGGCCCAAAAGGCAGCGGUUUGGGUUAAAAUGACAGCACUUAAUAAAUCAAUACAGACCGCAAAACGGCCGUUUUAACCAAGAAACUGGAAGAGGGAGGGGGCGGGGUCCCCAGUUUACAGCAUUGCAAACCACCAAAAUAAACUGCUCCAUUUCAGUGGUUAUCUGUAAAUGCCUUAAAGGAAGCUUAACUUUUUUAAACAAAACUUACUGAGCCGCAACAUUUCCUCCCACGUUGCAGUGUUCUUGCUGUAAGUGAGCGAAAACAAACGAUGUUUGACAGCGUCUGUGUGGAGGAUUCGGUCACAGUCCUGCUGUUGUUGGCGAGCAUCGUUUCUGGUCUGAACAGGAAACCCCUGCAGUCCGGAGCUGUCGGGACAGGUAUUCCCAGGGGUUACCGCAGGGGUUAUGUGCUAGUGCAACGGCUGUAAUUACUCUGGUUCUGAGCUGCUGAAACAUUAAGUGCUGGGUGAUGUUGCGCCUUUUUCUUUCAGGGUAGUUUCUGUGCAAUUAAGUUUCUGACCUGCCUAAAAUUUGACCGACUAUAAUGAGUCUUUGUUUAAUUUAAUUUUAAAAAAAAUUUUCCCGGAUGCAUUUCCUACAUUAUAUGAUGAUUCACAGAUAGAAGGUCUUUCUUUGUGUACAGUGCCGGGCUUUUGUUACUUUAAUAACCUGUCACAUUUCCACCAUGUAUAUAUCACGGCUGUUACGAUUCGGCGGGUAAACACUCUGGUUGCAGGGAGGUGAGCCAACGCCAGUUUACCUUUUCUAAGCUUAACUUCACUUAGAAUAACUUGCUUUUCACAAGAUGGCUGCUGUAGGAUUCAUGCUGUUGUGCAAUGAUAGGUUUGUAUAACAGGGCAGUCAGAAGGCAAGCCAGCACACUGUGUUAUGGUUGCAGAUGUCUAGGUGGCUCACUCCAGACAAAACCGACGGAAAUAGAUCCCAGAACUGUUAUGUACUGGGAUUUAGCGAACCGGGUUGUAAUGGUGAGAGUUCUGCUACUGCAGGCUUGGACAGGUCUGUGUAUCACAUCUCAAAGGGUCGGCGGGGCUAUGAAACUGCACUAAACAGGGCUCUUCCCUCCACCGUCUCUUCACUGGAUGGCAUCGCUGGCUUCUCAGAGCUCCACAGGGACAGACCGGCACUAUGGAGUCUCCGCUACGCCAACGAUUCUUUGCACUAAGGGACUACCCAAGGAGGCCUGUCGCCAUGGAAGAGGUCUGCCGAGAGACCUUCUAGAACCACCCGUGCACUCGCGCCUCAACAUCUUCACUGUGAUGUCACUUCCUCUGGAAUGAAAUCCAGCAUCUCAUCCUUCACCCUUUGUUUUGGCCUCUCGCUCCCAGUUGAUGGGGAGACUUUGAUUGUUGAUUUUUCUCUCUCUUUUCGGCUAACUUAUUAGUAAGUGUUUGUUUUAAAAUGCAUUUCCUGUGUAUAGAUCCAAUGCGGCACAUGAACAAAUGACUUGUCAUGAAAACGCGGUGUGUGGGAUGUCAUCGAGGAGAGCAUGCUUUUACGCCAGCUAUAACGCCCGCCCUAAUGGCAUUCAGGAAUUAAUAACAGGCUUUGCAAAAUAUGGGCAACUUCUCACAGAGCAUCAAUAAUCUACAAACGGGCUAUCAUUGAGUUGCAAAUGGCUGCAGGAUAUUUUUCAUUGGUUUGAUGCCCAAAUACUUCAGAACCCAUGUAACUUGAUUUUAAAAAAUUGCUUUUGGUAUUCCAUACGUCUGUCCUGUUCAUUGGAGAUGAGUAAAAUGUAUUGCGUGUUGUUUAUUUAAUCUUUAAAAAAUAAAAACAGUACCAUUUCAACAACUCCUAGAUAAUGCAUUUGGCAGCAACUGCUAUACACAUGUACCUGCUGAAAAGGCGAUACUGUAAUUAAAAGGUGCGUAUAGUGGGUGUUUGAACUUGCUUUUUAGGAUGGAACCAGCAACCUGACAUUAAGUACAAUAAGAUGAAUAUAAUAAAUAAUAUUUGUUUUUUUUCUCAUGGAUGCUUCCCUUGCCACACCAUCUGUGAAACUGUUUGGUUUGUCAAAUAAAUGCAACCAUUGUUCUUAA